GCCCGGCAGGCGCCGCUGUCCUUUUGCGCAGGCCUGGCUGCUGCGGGCUGAGCUGCUCACUCCAGGCCGGGGAUUGACAGGCCUUUCGCAGCAGACGGAGGAGGCGGAGGCGGAGGCGGGCACGGCAGCAACAGACGCGGAGCGAGGCAGCACAGCAGCCGCCGCCGCCGCCGCCAGAAGCCUGGGAGGAGGAGGAGGAGGGAGGAGGAGGUUCUUCCAGCCGCGCCACUUCGGCCUUGCAAUCCGCAGCCAUCGCGCCCCCCCAGCCCCCGGCCCCCGCCGCCACUUGGCCCCCCAGGCGCAUCCGGCUCCCCACAACCACAACAGGCAGAUCGGGAGCGGCGCAGAGAAAUUUCCUUACUCGAUGACCUUUCAUCGCAAUGUCCGAUCGUUUGGGGCAAAUAACCAAGGGAAAGGAUGGGAAAAGCAAGUACUCGACUCUCAGCCUGUUUGAUAAGUAUAAAGGAAAGUCAGUAGAAGCUAUCAGAACUACAGUUAUUCCUAGACAUGGCUUACAGAGUCUCGGGAAAGUUGCUGCUGCCCGGCGCAUGCCUCCACCUGCCAACUUGCCAAGUUUGAAGUCGGAGAACAAAGGAAACGACCCCAAUAUCAUCAUCAUCCCCAAGGACGGUACAGGAUGGGCGAACAAGCAGGACCCGCCAGACCAAAAGAGUUCCAGUGCGACGGCUGCACCGCUGCAGGAGUCGCUGCCACAGCCGGGUUUGCAGAAAUCUGUCUCCAGUUUGCAGAAGCUGACCCAGUCAGUCAGUCAGGAGAGUACAAAUUCAGUGCCAGGUGGACCAAAGUCAUGGGCACAGCUGAAUGGAAAGCCAGCCGGACCAGAAGGUGGUUCAAGGGCCUCAAGCCGACUGUUAUCCUUCUCUCCCGAGGAAUUUCCAACGCUGAAAGCAGCUGGCGAGCAGGACAAGUCUGGCAAAGAAAAGGGCGCCUUAGAUCCGUCGUAUGGGCCCGGACCAAGCCUCCGCCCCCAGAAUGUCACGAGUUGGAGGGAGGGCGGUGGGAGGAACAUAACCUCUUCUACAUCUCUGACCGCCUCCCUGACUGAGUCGGGCAGUAAGACCUCUAGUGCAAGAGAUGGAGCCCCCUCCUCGGUGACCGCCAGUGACCCUAAGGAGCCCUCUCUCCGCCCGACACAGCCCGUCCGCAAAGGGGCUUCGCAGUUCAUGGCAAACGUCUACCAGCCGCCGACAUACCAUGACAUGCUACCAGCUUUUAUGUGUUCAAGCCAGCCACCCGAGACCCCUGGGCCAUUGGGCCGUGGGUCCUUCCCCCUCCCGCAAUUCCGCCUUGAACCCCGCAUCCCGUUCAGACAAUAUCAGACCAGCGACCAAGAUGGAAAAGAGAACAGACUUGGGAUCUCCCGCCCGGCUCGUCCAGUCCGGCCACAAGGGGAGCGAGUCCCCCGACCCACCAUCAUCAAUGCCGAGAACCUGAAGGGGUUGGAUGAACUUGACAACGAUGCAGAUGAUGGUUGGGCAGGAAUUCAUGAUGAAGUGGAUUACUCUGAGAAACUGAAGUUCAGCGAGGAUGAGGAGGAGGAAGAAACCCAUAAGGAGGGAAGGCAGAAAUGGAACAGCUGGGAUCCCAGAAGGCAACGGCAGCUCUCCCUGAGCUCAUCGGACAGUGCAGACGCCAAGCAUCCUCCCGAGGAAGGGAAGAUCUGGGGAGACCCAGCUGGCCUAUCUUGGCCAAUCCGGAAAGUGCAAGAGAACCCACUGGCCUCCCGGAAGGCGACUAGCUGGGCUCCUUCUUUGGAUUAUCAGAAACCCUCGCUGGCAUGCCUCAGGCAGCAGUCUUCCGAAGAGAAGGAGGAGAAGCUUCCCCUGAGGCAGAAGUUUGUCCACUCGGAGAUGUCGGAGGCCGUUGAGCGAGCCCGGAGGCGGCGGGAGGAGGAAGAACGGCGUGCCCGGGAGGAGCGCCUGGCCGCUUGUGCUGCCAAGCUGAAGGAGCUGGAUCAGAAAUGCAAGCUGGCACAGAAGGCGGGAGACGGCCAAAAACACGCGGAGAACGAGGAGCCCCGGUCCUCCAGCACGGAGAAAAACGCUGCACCGGAGAACAGUCACACUAUCUGGAGAGCAAACCCAGAGUUUCAUACCCAAGAAGUUUCUCCUAGUUACAUGGCUGAGGAGACGUCGGCGGCAUCAGCAGUUCAUCGGAGCAGCAGCGAGGAGGAGCUCCGAGAGGCCGUGUCGCCCGCACAGGAAUUCGGCAAGUACCCCAAGUCACUCCCCCCACGGUUCCAGCGGCAGCAGCAGCAGCAGCAGCAGCAGCAGCAGGACCAGCUGUACAAGAUGCAGAGCUGGCAGCAGCCCCAGGUGUACCCUCCGCCCUCCCACCCUCCGCGCACCUUCUACCCGCCACACCCGCAGAUGCUGGGCUUCGACCCCCGCUGGAUGAUGAUGCCCUCCUACAUGGACCCCCGCAUGACCCAGGGACGCCCAGCUGUGGAUUUCUACCCCUCCACUCUCCAUCCAUCAGGGAUGAUGAAGCCCGUGAUCCAGCCAGACUCCACCAAUGGGGCCAGCUGUCAGGCAGAAGAGCCGAGCUGCCAGCCUGCAGUGCAACCGGAGAGGAAAGCUGUUUCUGGAGAGCCCACCCCUGUUUGGGGUCAGGAGACCUACACCCCGUUGCAAAGUAAAGGCGGCACCAUUUCACGUUCAAAACAGACUGAGAGCAUGGCGGUGGAGGGAUUGCAUGCCAGGAACGACAGCUCUUACCCUGCACCGUCCGUCAUAAACACCCAACAUGACCUCUUUGAGGAGUCAGGAGAAGACUACUUAAAUACGUUUGAUGAGAAGGCCCAAGCCAACUUUGACAGCUGCAUCGCCUCCUCUCAGAGGACGAGCCAGGAUUGCCUCUUCCAGCACCAAGAAAGUGUCCCCGAAACGUCUGCUUCUGACUCUCGCCAUGGGAACCUCAAGAGCUCCUCCUUGGAGCCUGGCUUGGCUCACGCUGAUAAGAAGCCAGAGUACAAUGGCUGGGAUGUGAGCCAUUAUCAGAAACCCUUGGAGUUGGCCGCCUCUUCAGAGGAAGAGGGGCCGCGGAGUGAGCAGUCCUUUGGUGCCGAGACAUGGAAGAAAGAAGGGGCCACUGGCAAGCAAGCCAACCCGGAGGCGGGAUGGGCUCCUGAGAACCGGAAUGCCAGCAGCCAGCCGCAGGAGCAAACAGGGCGAGCUCGUCGGUCUGGCCCCAUUAAGAAGCCAGUGCUGAAGGCCCUCAAGGUGGAGGAGAAGGAGAAAGAGCUGGAGAAGGUGAAGGUGGAAGAAGAGACCUCCCAGGUGGGUAAGGAGAAGACUCCAGCUCAUAAAACUGAGGCGGCGGCAGUUGCUGCUGCUGCUGCUGCUGAUUCCGCUGCUUUGCUCCACGCCCCCCGGUACCACUUGCACGAUGAGAAGAGCUCGUCUCGGACUGCUGUCCCGGAGCCUGAGAAACCUCAAGAGGAAGAAGAGGAGGAGCAGGAGGAGAAAGGUGGAAACGCCUGGGAGGAGAAACAGCACCUAAGAGAAUCCAACGAUCUGCCCCCCACCAAAAGAAACAACUGGAUCUUUAUUGACGAGGAACAGGCCUUUGGUGGGAGGGGCCGGGGCCGGGGCCGUGGCUUCCGAGAGUUCACCUUCCGAGGCCGUGGCAGUGCUGUGGGUUGCAGCAGCGGCAGCACCGGUGUCAACAGGGGAGCCUACAACAGCAGCCUCAACCCCGCCCAGAAAAGCAGCCGAGGGCGGGCCUUGAGGGAGUUUAAUCAGCUGGAAGAGUUCCCGCGCGGGAAGCCCAGGCGCCGGAUUGCGAGUGAGACGCACAGCGAAGGCUCCGAGUAUGAGGAGCUGCCAAAGCGCCGCCGUCAGAGGGGCUCUGAGAACAGCAACGAAGGUUCCCUCGUGGAGAAGGAGGAGGGCGAGCUCAGGAAGGGGGAUUUCCGCGACUCUUGGCGGUCCAAUAAGAUCUAUUCUGAUGACCACGGAGGCCUGGACGCCAAGGCCCGGGCUCCACGAGUCUUUGGCCGCUCGCUGCCCCCAAGACUUAGCAAUUCCGGGUAUGGGCGGCGGGGCUUUGUUUCCAAGGAGCCUUCCCCGUGGCAGGGCAGGGCUGCCGCGAGCGUGUGGCAGGAGCACGGCCACAGUGCCUCUCUGGACGCCUUUGGAGUCCGGCAUCAACCGGACAGGGACUACGGCCAAGACUCUCAUAAGCCCUCCGACCCCUUUAAUAGACGGGCCUUUGAUGAGGAUCCCAUUGACAAAAGGCACUACUUCCCGGAGGAUUAUGGGGCCGAUCCCGAAAACACGGAGAACCGGCCUUUCCGCCGCCGGCGUCCACCUCGCCAGGACAAGCCCCCCCGGUUCAGGCGCUUGAGGCAGGAGCGCGAGUUUGUCGGGCAGUGGAGCCCCGAGGAGGCCGGGACCAACCUCCUAGCCUGCCAGUGGCCCGGAAGAGCCAAGCUGACCGGGACAGAGAGGAGCCUGACCUCUGCCCGGAGAUCUCCGGAGCUGCCUUAUCAGAACUCCUCCGACCACGCCAAUGAGGAGUGGGAGACAGCCUCUGAAAGCAGCGACUUCAGUGAGCGGCGGGAGAGGCGGGACGGCGUCUCUGAGAGCGAAGGCCCGCUGGAGGGCGGUCUGGCCAGUGGCAGUUUGGGGGAGAAGAGAGAGCUGGCCAAGAGGAGCUUUUCCAGCCAGAGACCGCUGGUGGAUCGGCAGAGCCGGAAGGUCGAUCCUGCGGGAUUUGGGGAGAAAGCUGUAAGAGCCGGCGGGUCCGCUUCCCGCUACGAAAGCCAGCAGAACGGAGCACAGAUGAAAAGCAAAAGAUCUCCAGAAGAAAACCUUGACAACAGCAGCCCUGGGAACAGCCACUCCAUGUAUGGGUCUCAUGCCAACUUGAGUGGGACGGAAGGGCUGGGGAAAAACCCAGAGAGAGAUGCCAAACCCACUGCCCAGCAAGCCAGCGAGAAGGGAGAAGCCAUCUCUCAGUUUGAGCUGAACUAUGGAAAUGGCCUCAUGGAGAGCCGGCUUUCGGGGGCCGCAGAGGAGAGCGAAGUGGGCCCAGUCGGUGGCGAAGGCUUCAUUGAGGUCCUCACGAAGAAGCAGCGGCGCUUGCUGGAGGAGGAGCGCAGGAAGAAGGAGCAGGCCGCCCAGGCUCCAGUCAAAGGCCGUGUCCUGCAGUCUCGUAUCCCUCCUCGCUUUGCCAAGAAGCAGAACAGCUUGUGCCUCGAGCAAGGGGACAUUUCCGUUUCUGGAAACAGCCUGGGCACAGAAAUCUGGGAGACGAACAGCCCAGCACUCUCUGUUCAGUCCACUGGCACAGAUUCCUGGAAUAAACCUGUCACUGCCUUUACCAGCAACGAAUCCAGCGCCACCGAGGGAUUUAAAGGCAGCCAGGGGGACAGUGGCAUUGACUUGAGCGCAGAAUCGCAGGAGUCCUCCGCCACUUCUUCCCAGCGCAGUUCUCCGUACGGCACUCUCAAACCUGAAGAGAUGGGUGGAACUGGCCUGGUGGACCCCAAGCCCGAUUGCCAGAAAGAACAAGCUCCAAAGCAGGCUGAUAAAAAGGAUUCCGACCAAGGUUCGAGUCAGAGCAAGGACCACAAGCCCGGGCCAAUCGGCAACGAGCGUUCCUUGAAAAACCGGAAGGGCUCUGAGGGAGCGGACCGCCUCGAAGGCAGUAUCCCCCCAGUCAACGGGGUGGAGAUCCACGUGGACUCGGUUCUUCCUGUGCCGCCCAUUGAAUUUGGAGUCAAUCCUAAAGUACCGGCUUAUAUAGAGAGUGCCUCUUUACAGGACUCGGACUUCAGUCUGCCCCCUGGUUCGGCCUCCAGUACGGCAGCGAACUCGGUAACGAAAUUACAGGAUCCCCUCGCCAGCAAUGCUGGGCUCACGCAAUCCAUCCCGAUUCUCCGAAGAGACCACCACCUCCCGAGGUGCAUUGGCUUGAACCCCAUGUCGUUCCCCACAGCAGACUUGACACUCAAAAUGGAGUCGGCACGUAAAGCUUGGGAGAACUCACCGAGUCUACCAGAACAGAAUUCUCCGGGUGGCACCGGCUCCGGCAUCCAGUCUCCUUCCAGCGUGGGGGCUUCCAAUGGUGUCAGCUACAGCUCCUUUGGUGGCGUUUCGGUGCCCCCGAUGCCGGUGGCUUCCGUCGCUCCGUCUGCUUCGAUGCCAGGUAACCACAUCACCCCCCUGUAUUUAGACGGCCAUGUCUUUGCAAGCCAGCCACGUCUCGUCCCCCAGACGAUACCUCAGCAGCAGAGCUACCAACAGGCGGCUGCUCAGCAAAUCCCGCUUUCCCUCCACACGUCCUUGCAAGCCCAGGCCCAGCUUGGCCUGAGGGGCGGCCUUCCCGUCUCACAGUCCCAGGAAAUCUACAGCUCCAUCCAGCCCUUCAGAUCUCAGGUUUACAUGCACCCCAGCCUAUCCCAACCCAACACCAUGGUCCUGGCAGGAGGCACGGCCCUGAAGCCCCCGUAUUCUGCCUUCCCGGGCAUGCAGCCCUUGGAGAUGGUGAAGACACAGUCUGGAUCUCCUUACCAGGCAGUGAACGGGAGCCAGGCACUGGUUUACGAAGGCCAGAUCAGCCAGGCACCUGGAAUGGGAGCCUCGCAGAUGAUGGACUCGCCGCUUACGCAGCUCACCAUGCCAAUGCCUGGGUCCCAGCUCCAGAUGCCCCGUUACGGUUCUGGCCAACAGCCCCUGAUAUUGCCACAGUCCAUCCAGCUUCCUCAGGGCCAGAAUCUGCCUGUCGGAGCUCCUCGUCGGAUCCUCUCGCCUGGCUCCCAGCCAUCUGUCCUUGCCUCGAGCAGGGAGGCCUCCCACGUGGAACUAAAAGGAUUCCACUUCACAGACAGUAAACAGAAUAUGCCCACUGGAGGAUCCGUAACGUCACAUCACGCAUAUAGGCCUAGUUCUGCCAGCCCCAGCGGGAAGCCCUCUGGACCAGCCGUCAAUUUGAGUUCUGUGCAGGGGCAUUACAUCCAGCAGGACCCCGAGACAUGUGGGGUGCGUCUUUCUGGCCCGACUGAACACUCUCUUACGGUCCAGCAGGCAAAACAGCGAGUGGAUGAAAGCAAAGCCAACCUGGCUGCUGUCAAACUGCAGGAGCCGCCCUCUGCCAGUCAGAUGAAGCCGGUACGCACCGGAGCGAUCAAGCCACAGGCCGUCAAAGUGGAGGAGAGCAAGGCCUAAGUGGCCGUGGCCCCGUGGAUGCCUGCCAGCUGGUCCUGCUUGACCGAGAGAGAGAGAGAGAGAGAAAGAGAGAGAGAGAGAAGACUCUGCACACCACCCCCAUUCCCCCCUCUUCUUCUUCCCCCCCAAAACUGGCUGCACCAAGACUUUUCACCAGACCGGCCACAACUCGGCAUCACGAAACCAGCUGCCUAAAGCAAUGUCCUCUGAGCCCCCCAACAAAGCCGUUCUUGAACCGUGGGUUGAGACGUUGGCCUGCUUGCUUUGAAAGAAACCGACCCCUCCGUGCUCCACCCACCCCCCCGGGACUGUGGAACGGCUGCAGCCAUGUUCUUUUUCUCGUUCCCACUUGCAGCUAGCCGCGGAUCGUUCUUUCGGUAAUGCCCGUUCCCCACUCCACCCCUUUCCCCAUUUCUGUCUCAGCAGGGCGGCAACAGGAGGGCGCGAGUGUGUGGGAAGCUUUUUUAAAAGACCACUGAGGUUUUUAAGGAAAAAAAAACAGAACGCUGUGUCUUUGUUUUAUAGCUGAACUUUUCUAUGUUCUCUCAUAUAUUCCCCCCCGCCGCCACCGCCGCCAUCUUUGCCUCCUGGAAAAGGACCCCCUGACUCAAAAUCAUGUACUCGAAUGGACACCCCCCUCUUUAUGGCGGGGGGGGCGGGUUUCUGGUGUGAGAAAUUGAGAUUUCUAGACUCUUAAAUAGAGCUGUGUAGGAGCUUGGUUCUCAGGUCUUUCAUUCUGAGUCCAAACAGGAUAGGUAGAGGUAUUUGGCAACGUUGGGAAUGUUUCCGUUUCAUUCCAUUAGAGGCAGAGCUUGUUUUAGAAGUAAAAUGUAUAAGAGAAAUAUUUAUAGUCGGCUAAAACCCCUUGAAUCUCAAAGCUUGCCCUGUUUUACUGUAGCUCUGCACCCCCACAGGCUUGUGCGCAUAGCAAAAAGCAGCCUUGGUUUUGUGUCCGGAAAUGGCACUGAGCUUCCCCCUAUAAGGACCUCCCUAUCUGAUCAUCGACAUGGAGUUUGGGGUGGCUUUUAUUUUUGUCAAUUUCUGGAAAUGGUUAGAUUUUUUUGAGGUGAAAUGCAGAAUCUGAUCAGGAAGCUCAUUGCCUUGCAUGGAUGAAGAGUUAGCUAAAGCCAAUGCGUUGAUGCGGAUUACAUUUUGUAACUGUGAUAUGUGCACUGUUCUUUCUGUUGUUUUUUUCUUUCCCCCUCUCCGUUUAUGUGCCUGCCCCCAAUCAUUUUGGAUUCCUGUCAAGGCAUCUUGACAGAGUCUAUUUUAAUUUCUUCUUUCUUCAUUUCAGGUGUUUCGUUUUUAGUUUGUAAAAAUCGCUACCGAAGCAAACCAGUAGAAGCCCUUUUGCGUAGCAAACUGCAGCAGAUACUUUAUUCCUUUAAGCAACAAAAAUUGCUGUGUGUAAAAGAGGCUUCUUAAUUUGUAUUUGGUUCCCUCUCUCACUCUCUCUCUCUCUCUCUCCUCCUGCCCUUUGUCCGUCUCCCUGUCCCCAGGCAAAGAAUUCUUUCCUAGUCUAGUUGCCUCAAGUAGUUAUCAAAACACAGUCUCUCAGUAAUGUUGUGUUCUUGCUGAGCUACUCUGCUGUCAGAAGGGAGGAUCAUGGUAGAUUUGGUUUCCCAUGAAUGAUUUUAAAAGAUGCCAGGUCUUGAGUGGAUUGGGUCACCUCCAAGCUGUCAUCUGCUCUCGAUGCUUCUGUUAAAAAGAGAAAGAGCAUUGGACUGCCAUUCUGAAAGUAAGGAAGGAAAUGCUCACUUUCUCGAGUAGACAACAGCUUGCUAUUCACAAAUGGUCUCCACUACCUUUCCAUUGAUGUCAAGCUAGUGAUUUCUCUCUUGGUUCCAAAGACGACCUUUUGAACAAGGAAUGUAUUUUAAGAAGGGGCAUCUGAAAGAUUUGAAGAGCAUGCCCUCACAGAUAUCUUUUAAAGAUGUGUUUGAAUUUCUUACGCUAGGUAUAAAUUGUGCCAUUUAUACGAUAGCUCUAGCCCAGACUUCUAAGCUCUUUUAACAUAGUCAUAGCAAUGUCCCCGUAUGCGUGCGUGUCCCUUAAUACCAAACCACGGAGAAGCUCUGAGAUAGUUGGUGCUUUAAAAAUAAAUAUAACUGAAUAAAUUGUCCUUUUGGGGAGGUUUUAUUUUGAGGGCUUUUAACUUUUAUGGCAGACCCCCUUCUAGCAUCUUAUAUACUGGUUUGAGAUUUAGUAAUAUUGGGGGCGAAGAUGUACCCUUACCACGUCCCUCCACCUCUGUCCCCAUACUUUUCAAACACACUGGCAUUAGUUUAUCCCGUAUACUCACCCUCUCUUUCUCCGCUUCAUGCCUCCACUCUGAAAAAUUGUGAGCAAUUGAAUUUGUUGUGAAACUGCUCCCUUAUAUUCUUCCUCUUCCUCCAUCCCUCCGUCUCUCUCUCUCUCUCUCUCUCUCUCUCUCUCUCUCUCUCAACAAAUUGGAAUGUUGCUUUUUUGUUUUGUUGGCUCACACUUUCAGCACCCUUUUGAUGCAUUUUAAGACAUACUUUCUUUCUUUUGUAUAUGACUUCCAGAGGUCCCCUUGUAAUGGGGUGGUGGGGGCGGGGGGGGGCUAGCUGGGUUUAUUACUAGAUGCAAAAUGUCACAGAAACUCAUUCUGGUGUAAAUUUGAUCAGAAAUACAGUACUUACUAUAGAAUGGAAGAAGUUGCCUUCUGUUAACCCUGUGCCCAGCACUAUCUGUCGUCCCCCCCCCCCCCAAUGAAACACUAGAAUUUAUUUAUGCGUAUUUGAUGUUGUAGGUCUAGGAGAAAAAGUAAAUGUUUCACUGCUCUAUUUAUAUAUAAUGUCUGGAUUCAUUCUGUGUAGGAAAGGCCAAAUUUUCCCAUAGAAAAGCAUAGCCCAUCGUUUGCAUUACCUCCUGGUCCUCCCCUCCUUUUUCUUUUUUUAAUUUACGUGACUGCUGACUCCAGUUCACAGGACUCGUUUUUAAUACGACUUUGGGCCCAUGCUUUUUUAAGGUGCAUUGUCCUUUUUCGCCACAUAUUGUUGAUUUGAGAGCCAUCUCUGGUUCCUCCAGUGGUGCAGUGCAAAGUUUUCCAUUGCAGGGCCGGAGAUGAGGGGCGAAUAACAACGGGUUGGGGAUGAGGAAGCAUCCGUGUUGUAGGUGUGGAGGUGGCCCUUCUGCUUCCAUCCUCCAUGCAGCUGCCCUGACACGUUAGUCUGUCCUGAUGAGGCAGGGGGAGGAAAUGCCGCUUGGCACGAGUGACCUGCGUCAUGUUAGAGCCACAAGCAGAUCCAAGAGCUCCCAUGAUUUGGAAAGUUGCAACGUGUGAUUUCCAGUUUGCGGAAGGGAGGCCACAUUCUUGCAUCAGAUGGCCUCUCGUUGGAACCAGCUCAUUGUGUUCAUUUUUUUUACGACUGGGAGACAAUUUGCUCCAAACCAGGAUCCUAGCAGGCUGUUACUACUAAGGUCAAACACCAAGGGGAGAAAGACGCAGGGGCUCCAUUCCGCAGCCCGAGCGUCGGCCAAGCAGCUCUCUUCCAGGGCGGAUACUAAGCUGCGGUUUUUAACCAACCGACUUAACCAAAGGGGUUUUUUUCUUCUUUUUCUUUUGGCCAUUGUCGUAUGUAAAUAAUGUUCCCAUUCUGCAUCGCCUCAGCUGCACUCAGUGUGCGUUUCCUUCCCUUGCAAUCUCUUGUACCUUUUUAAGCUUCUUAAUACUAAGGUUUAGUGGCCUGGUGUGUAGCAGACAACAGACUCCUACCUAUGCUUUUAAGUUUUAAAGUGAAACUGCGCAGGCCCUGAUGAAGCACUCCUUGUGGCGAAACGUCUGUGAUUUACUCCCUCCUCUGUCAGUUCAUAGCAGCAGCGGUUCCGUUGUUUCUGCUGCCCGCUGAAUUUCAUCCCUAUUCUCGGCUGGUGUAGGAGGUCACCCAAGCUUGGUGACCAGCCAACUUCUGGAGACGACGUAAAAACAGAUCUCUCUUCCCUGCAAGCAUACUCCAAACUGUUCCUUAGUUCCUUCUUUUUUGGCUCGAAUGGCUUUGCAGUUUUGUGAUAUGCUUCCCGCAAGGACCACUGAGUGCUACUCAUCUUGUUUUGAGUUCUGUUUCUGCCUCUGCCUUUAUGCAGACUGAACUCCCUUUCCAUGCUGUUGGUUUGUUUGGCCUGGUUUCGCAGUAUUGAAAUUUUAAUUUUUUUAAAAAGAGAUCAUAGUAACUCUGCAAAUACAGGAUCUUCUGCGUAUAGGACUGGCCCAUCCUAUCACUUGAAGAUGACUGCAUAGACACAGCAAAACUAGUCCAGCUGCCCUGUUGACUUUUGCAAACCACCCCUAACUUGUUCAGUGGCUUCGACAAGCUGCAACCACCUCAUGGGUUAGGUGGGAAUUGCAACGGCAUUGUGGCAUUCAUUUGGCACGUCAAAGGCAUUCUUUAUAGCAGGUUUUUUCUUCUCUAUAAAUUGCAUUUGUUGUUUUUAAAGAGGAUAUUGUAACCUGUACAGUAAAACUUUUUUUUUUUGGCCUUUGCUCUGUUUGUCUUUUCAUGUAGAUCAGAUGCUGAAAGGGCAAAUGAUGACUAAAUAUGUUAACAUGCAAUGUGUUUAAAUCUUUCUGGGAAACUUAAUGUGGACUGGAACCUCUAAUCAUGGAAUCGCCAGGCCAGUGGCAGCAACACUCUCUCUUGCCCUUCUUUUCUUGUUUCCAGUCCCUUUGGUUUCUUGUUUCAAAUAUGUGAUUGUAUUAGCUCUUUCCAUACGAAAGAAUUCUCCUUAUUUAAAUAAAAAAAAAUUAAAAGCA